UCCUCCUCUGUAAGAUGGCGGUAGCCCUGUACCUGUGAAGAUGGAGAUGAGCGUCUAUAGCACACAGACUUACUCCACGUGCAGUGCUCUCUGCUGUUAGGAGGAAGACCCUUUUACUGUUGCAGUGGAUUCCAAUGAAAUACUGACAUUUACAGCAACAUGGGGAUGGACCUAGAGAUUAUCAUACUAAGUAACUGGCAGAGAGCACGGUGCAUGUAUGAUGGAGCUACGCCUGGCAAACGCAAGCUUGAGAACAUGGAAAGCCCUUUUUUCUUGGCAGCUCUAACCAUGUCUGACAAGAACCAGAUAGCGGCCAGAGUUUCCCUUAUCGAGCAGCUGAUGUCUCAAAGGAAUUUUGAGAAUCUCAGCCAUCACCUCACUGUGUUGGAAACUCUGCAUGUGACUCCAGAGCACCUUCAGGAGACGGGGGUGGUCAGGGCGGUGUACAGAGUCCUCAAAAACUGCCCCACAGCGGCUCUGAAGCAGAAAGCCAAGUGUCUGCUGUCAGAAUGGAAAGUGUUGUAUAAGGAUAAUCUCUGCAAGCCAGAGGGCAGCCCUAAACGAUUUCCUCUGGGUGGAAGUCAAGAAGAAAAUCGAGGACUUCCUCCUGACCCAAAUCAGGAGGAGGAGGUACGGGGUGGCUCCAGGUAUAAUUCUCUGUUCACAUCCCAAGAUGUGGUGGGAGCUGUUGAAACGAUCAUGCCGGAGGAUAGCUGCGGCAGAGCGGAGCCUAAGGCAGUGCCUCUGAGCGCCCGGGACCCUCAAUCCACCAACCUGGCAGCGAGUGGGCAGCCGGACCCCAUAGUGCCCAUGAGAGCCAGAUGCACAGAGCUGCUGUACGAAGCUCUAACUGCCUCCUCCCCAGGCCAGCCCAGAGCCCACCUGUGGCCCAACUUGGCACAAUAAAUUGAAGCACACGUUUUUGCCCUUCACCCCAAGAACCUCCAAAAAUACAAAACAUGCAUCCUCAGCAAAGUGGCCAAUCUAAGGAACCCCCGCAAUUCUCACUUACAGCAGAACUUGCUCUCUGGGGCCAUGUCUCCAAGGGAAUUUGCUGACAUGACCACCAUGGAGAUGGCCAGCCAGGAACUGAAGCAGUUGAGGGCCUCCUACACGAAAUCUGCCUUACGGGAACGUUACCUACCCCAAGUGGUGGAGGGCACGCUGACGAGGAAAAUAAAAUGCGAGCGCUGUGAGAAAUUCAACUGCCGGGUCACUGUGAUCCCCAGAGGGACACUCUUCCUUCCAAGUUGGGUGCGGAAUCCAGGCCAAGAUGAAGAAAUGAUGACCUAUGUCAUCUGCAAUGAAUGUGGGGAGCAGUGGUAUCAUAGCAAGUGGGUGUGCUUGUGAUUAUAAAUAAAUGUUCUUUUAACAGCAGAUAACUGAAGUGAUA